AUGACAGGAGGAAUUAGCCCACAUCCAAUUAAUGCCACACCAGAGAUUCAAGAAAUUACCAAUACAGUUAAAGAACAACUUGAAAAGAAACUAGGUACCAAUUAUUCAAUAUUCCAAGCAAUCUCGUAUAAGAAACAAUUGGUUAAUGGUAUGAAUUACUUUAUCAAAGUUAAAACUGAUAAUGGCUAUGAUCAUAUUAGAGUUUACGAAGCAUUCAAAGGUACUCCAAAUUUAGUUUCAGUUCAACAACAUAAAUCUUUAGAAGAUGACAUUACUUAUUUU